AUGGAUGCGCCUAUGGUUUUAAAGAGAUCUGGGUUGUUUUUGUGCUAUGAUUUGGCGAAAUCUAUGAUACCCAAUAUUGAAUUUAUGAAGAGUUGUGGUAUUAGUUCGUCGCAAAUAACCCACCAUCUCUGUAAAUACCCAAGAUUAUUCUUGCAUAAACCGACGAUGAUUAGAGAAAAUGUGAAGAGGGUUGAUGAGAUGGGCUUCGACAGGAAGUCUAAGCUGUUUCUUGAAGCGAUUCGGAUUAUUAGUUCGAUGACUAUUGAGAAUUGGAAGUUGAAAUUGGUGCUCUUAAAGAGUUUGGGGUUUUCGGAAGAUGACAUUUUGUCAGUUUUUAGGAGACAGCCUCAGUUUUUUGCUCUGUCAGAGAGCAAAAUUAAGGACACAACACAGCUUUUCCUUACCACGGGCAAAUGUGAUAUCUCAUAUGUUGUUAAUAACCCAGAUUUACUUGGUCAGAGUGUUGAGAGUAGGCUUAAGCCACGGUUAAGAAUUCUGGAUGUUUUGGAAAGCAGGAAUUUGCUUCUUAAAAAGCGGAGUUUGGCAACUGUAUGCAGGAUGACUGAUAAGAAGUUCUCUGAGAAAUAUUUACUCCCUCAUUCAGAUGAAGUUGGCGAAUUAUUUGUGGCUACAAGGCCUCGUUGA